AUGUUCCCAGGAAGCAAGUGCUUACUUCCAGCAGCACCUGCUGCGUCCUUGGCUGUGGGUGUACCCAUCCUGUAUGUGAUCAGCACACUCCAGCACAUGGACGACCCGGGCACUGGUGAGGCGGCUGACACAACGAGGCAGCGGCCAUUGGUGGAUCGUGACCUCGGCAUGUUCUUCGCGGAUGCAGGGACGAACUCAGGGAAACCUAGCCGGGACGAGUGGUAG